AUGGAGAUUGAUUCACCACUAGACACCAUUGUUGAAGAGAGGGAAGCGUUGAUGGUUUCGGCUAAUGGUGGACUCAGUACAAGAAGAAAAGCCCAUUUUCUCAAACCCACAACAGCCAUUUCAAGCAAUGGGAAAAUCUCUGAGCUUCCUCAUGAUCAUGUCUCCCCCAAGCCCUUCAUUCAUGGCCUAAAGGACUUGUCCGAGAAAGUGUCGUUCAAAGGCUGGAGACGUUCCACGCAGAAAUGGAAAACAUGGGUUCAUAACAUGCACGCCAAGCAUCGAGCUUUAUGGAAGCAUGUUGGUAUUUAUGACGCAGUGAUGAGUUCCAGGUACGAUGUCAAACAACACAAGGAACUCGUUCUUUGUUUUGCUGAAAAAUGGUGCCUUGGGACAAAUUCUCUCGUGUUUCCUUGGGGAGAAGCAACGAUAACAUUGGAAGAUGUUAUGAUCUGUGGGGGGUUUUCUGUUCUUGGUGAAUCUGUUUUAAGACCUUUAAACAGUAAACUUGUUGAGGUUGAAGAAAGGUUAAUCAAAGGGCGAAAAGAGGCUGCAAGAGGGGGUUGCGUGCUUGCCACGUCUAAAGCAUGGAUGGACUAUUUCAUGGGAACUGGGAAUGAGCUUGAGCAUGAAGCAUUCCUUUCUUUAUGGUUAUCCAACUUUGUUUUUGUGAGUUCUGCUUCAGCUACAAGUGUGAGGAAGCAUGUUUUUCGUAUUGCAAUUCAUUUGGCUAGAGGGAACCGGGUUGCUCUUGCGCCGGCUGUUUUAUGUAGCAUAUACAGGGACUUGAAUCUGUUGAAGGAUCGAUUCUCUGGUUCCGUUGUGGCGCAAAGUAAUGAGUUGGUUUAUAUUUAUGCACCCUUUCAGUUAGUGCAGGUUUGGGUUUGGGAAAGGUUUCCGGCAUUGCGUCCGACGCCUAGUUCGAUCUCGCAUGGUGAGCCGAGGGUAUCGAGAUGGAACAGGCUUAAGGUGAAUGUUCCUAAUUUUUAUGGUGAUGAGGAACAGCAUGUAUUGAUUGAUUCUCGUGUUCAUUUAGACGAACAGAUUCAUUCGUUUGCUAGAUGUUUGAGGGGUAGUGAGCUUGUUGGACUAGACAGCAUAGAGCAGUAUGUCCCACAUCGGGUUUCGAUGCAGUUCGGAAUGGAUCAAGAUCUUCCAGGAUGCUUUGCUAGAUGCAAUGGAAACCCUGAUAUUGCUUGGAGGAAUUACAGCAGACCUAUUCGAGAUGCAGUGUUGUAUGUACCGCCAAGGCUUUUCGAAUCGGAUGUUACUUCACAGUACUGGCAUUGGUGGAAGCAAUCAGUGGUGGCUUAUCGUGAUGCUAUCAAGCCAUUUCUUAAGAGGCCUAGGAAUCGAAGAAAACAUGAUGUUUCAGUGAAGGAAAAGGUUUUCAAAGGAAAUUCUAGCAAGGAAAAGGAAGAUGAAGAGGUGGAAGCAGGGGAUUUCAUUCAGAAGGUCGACACGGAAGAUCGAUUAACAAUAAGAAAAAUAUUGACUUGUGCUAAGCAUAGCAAUGAAAACAUGGUAAUGAGUUGUGCUCAAAGGCAACAUGCUCAACUAAAGAAGUUGAAGCACUUGCAGAGACGAAAGCAAAUACGAAACGAUGUGCAGUUAGCACAGAAAGUUCUGAUGAAGCUAAAGAUACAAAACCUUGGACAAUAUCUGUAA